AUGGAUAAGGACGUGUGUAAAAAGUUCCAGGAUGUAAGGAAAUGGUUUCCUGAUCAAUUGGACGAUAAGAAAAUGUAUCAAUUUAAAGAUGAUACACAUUUCAAAAAGUAUUGUACUGGUGGUAGUUGUGAUAGUGAUUUCGAAAAAAUUAAUGCUGGAUGUUUAUAUUUUUUUGAUACAUUCUUUGAGGAUGUUUCUGCGUUUGAGUAUGUUGCAAAAAAUAACAUCUAUAUUGUUGAAUACAUUUUGAUAUGGUUAAGUUAUAUGUUAAACCUUACCAAAACUCAAGAAAACGACAGUAUAGAGAUUUUUUAUAAUACAUAUAUAGAAGGUGGUAAUAAGUAUACUAAAAAUCUAGAUUAUAUUAGUAGUCAUAAUAGUUAUAAGGAUCUUAUAUAUAUAAGUUAUUAUAUUUUAAAUAUGGAUAUGAGCAUUAUAUCUAAAUUAUAUGAUGCAUUUAAUACAUUAUGUGACAUAUAUAAUGAGCUUGAUACAAAUAGCUCAAAUUGCGAGGAAUAUUCCAAAAAAGCUAUUCAAUUUGUUGAAACAUAUAAAAAAAUUAUAAUAGAUUGUAUAAUUACUGGCGAUAACCCCUAUUCUCUUGUAUUGAUUAAUUUAUUAAUUGAUUAUGAUAAAUUAAAAAAAGAAUGUAAAAAUUUCCCAUCCACUCCAGAUAUAGAAACAAUAAUUUCUGAACAUUUUUCUGAAGUUACAUCAAGUUCGUCGAUAGCAAGCAAAUUAAUUCCAAUUUUAUCGAUAUUAGUUGCAAUACCAAUUUUCUUGGGAAUUGCUUAUAAGUAUUCGUUAUUUGGAUUUCGGAAACGAUCUCAAAAACAACAUUUAAGAGAAAUGGUAAAAAAAUAA